AUGGGGUUGUUCUUCAGUAAAAGCCAGACAGAGCCCUCUCCAUGCAACUUGCUCACUGUAAAAAUCAUACGGAUGAAAAAUGCCAGGAAAGCAGAUUUGUUUACCCAGUCUGAUUGCUAUGUGAGCCUGAGCCUGCCAACAGCUUCUGUUCAGCAUUUCCGCACCAAGACAGUGCAGAACAGCAAGAACCCAACAUGGAAUGAAACCUUCCACUUCACAAUUCAGAGUCAAGUUAAGAACAUUCUGGAGCUUAAAGUUUGUGAUGAGGACAACACAACUGAAGAUGACCAUCUCCUCACUGUUUUCUUUGAUGUCUCCAAAAUCCAGCUUGGAGAAAACAUUCAGCUAUCUUUCCAGCUGAAUCCACAGGGAAAAGAGGAGCUGGAGGUUGAAUUCACAAUGGAGAGCAGUCCGGAUCCUCCUGAAAACAUCGUUACUAACGGAGUUUUAGUGUCCCGUGAAGUUUCCUGUUUGGAUGUGCAGGUGAAUGGUGGGAGGCUGAGGAAGGACAGUACAGAGAGAAAGUUUGCGUUAACUGUGGAUGGGUCAUAUGAAGGAACCCAGAUCCACACGCUGAGCUCCUGCCUCUGCCCGACCUCCCCGGCCAGGUUCCACUACAUCAAGUAUAAUCACUCGGCGCUCACCGUGGCUCUACCACGGCGGAGGAGGCUCAGCCGGUCUAUCUCAAGUCAAAAUGAAAGGGAUAUGAACGAAUCUGUGACUCUAGCUCUGAACUCACUUCCUAUACAAGAGAAAAUAACAGUAGCAGAGGACAGGACAAUUGACUUGUACACACAGGCAAGUGAAUGGACUCAGGGUCUGUUUUACAGAGCAAGAAACCUAGAUGCCCGCCUGGGGUUUGACCUGUGCACUGAUGAACAGAAUUUCCUGCAAAACCGGAGGAAGGUGGUUGCUGAUGCACUGAAAAGUAUUCUUCAUCUGCAGGAAGAUCUACAAGAGCAUGAGGUGCCUAUAGUGGCUGUGACCACAGCAGGAUGUGGGAUAAGAGCACUUACUGGCAUGUACGGCAGCAUCUUGGGUCUUCAAAAGUUGCGUGUUCUGGAUUGUGUUUCAUACAUCAGUGGCUCCUCUGGCACAACAUGGACAAUGACAAAACUGUAUGAAGAUGCUGAUUGGUCACGUAAGGAUCUUGGAGAAAUAAUUAUUGAAGCUCGGAAGCAAGCAGCCAAGUGUAAGAUGGGAGCUUUUUGCUUGAGAAGUCUGAGGAAUUAUUACAGAGAGCUGAGCCAAAGGACCCAAGCAGGACAUAAAACAUCUUUUAUUGAUCUGUGGGGGCUCAUGAUUGAAGCCAUGCUAAAUGAUGGGAAAUGCCACCACAGACUUUCUGAUCAACGUCAGGCAGUGAAUCAGGGUCAGAACCCACUGCCCAUCUACCUUGCCCUCAAUGUCAAGGAUAAAGUUGCCACCAAAGAUUUUAGAGAGUGGGUAGAGUUCACACCGUAUGAGGUGGGCUUCCUGAAGUAUGGUGCCUUCAUUCGCGCAGAGGAUUUCGGCAGCGAGUUCUUCAUGGGUCGCCUGAUGAAGAAGCUGCCUGAGUCGCGGAUCUGCUUCAUGCAAGGAAUGUGGAGUAGUAUCUUCUCCAAAAACCUCUUGGAUGCCUGGCACGCAGCUGACAAUUCAGAGGACUUCUGGCACAGAUGGACCCACGACAAAGUGGCUGAAAUAGAGGAACAACCUGACUUGCCUGAGAAGCCAUAUGAGAUGGCUACAUGCAUGUUCACUCCUACAAGUGGCCUCUCCACGACUCUUCGGGAUAUCCUGACGGACCGUCCUGCUGUGUCCAAGUACCACAACUUCCUGAAGGGCUUCCAGAUGCACAACGAGUACAUCCAGCAGGAGCAUUUUGCAAAGUGGAAAGACACAUUGCUAGACGCUUCUCCUAAUGACCUGAGAGGCAACUCAGAGCACCUGGAGCUGGUAGAUGCAGCUUUCUUCUUUGAAACCAGCUGCCCACCCCUUUUGAGACCAGAGCGGAAAGUGGACCUCAUCAUACACUUAAAUUACACUGGUGGAUCACAGACCUUGCCCCUGAAGCAGGCUUGCAGAUACUUCUCGGAGCAGGGAAUUCCAUUUCCCAGCAUUGGCCUGAAGGAUGAUGAGAAGAAUCUGAAGGAGUGCUACAUGUUCGAUGGUGCAGAUACCCCAGGAGCUCCUCUGCUGCUUUAUUUUCCACUGGUGAAUGACACCUUCCAAAAAUACGUAGCACCUGGCAUGACACGUAGCGCUGCUGAAAUGGAAUUGGGCAAGGUUGAUAUCUCCAGUUUCUGCUCUCCAUACUCAACGAGGGAGGUCUCACUGAAAGCAGAAGAUUUCAACAAGCUCCUGAAGCUGACUGAUUACAACAUCAUGAACAACGAGAACAUGAUUCUUCAGGCCUUGCGCAUGGCUGUGGCACGGAAGAAACAAGCUCUGAGCCAGCCAGCAUCGCAAGCACAGUCCUCUGCUUGAACAGCAUUUUCCUCUCCCUUACUAAGUAUUUACCAUGACAGCACAUAUGCAAUAUCUACUUCAUUGUUCUUGGCAGCCACCAUCUAUUUCUAAGAUUAACUAACCUUCUCAAAAAAGAAAACUUGAAGUAUCUCUUUCAA